AGCUGUCGCGGUGGUUUGCUGAAAACCCCGUUCUGUUGGGGAGAUUACUGGGUCGCGGUCUCCCAAGGACGCAGAAACCUUUGAUCUAGAGGCUCAAGCGGCUCGGUAGGAAGCGUGAGUUGACGAGGACUGUGUCAACCCGAUUUUAGCUGUGUCGCCGCUUCCCAUCCGUGCAGUAGGAGGGACUCUCCCUGCGAAAGGGCUAAACCCCUCUCCUCCAGUGUCUGCGGUGGGUGUCCCCGCGCCGCGCACCCCCUCCCUUCAGCCCCUCCUUCCUGGCUGCCAUAGAAACCGGCCUACGAGGUCCGGGCCCGCGUCCCGGCGCCUGACCGGCCCCCCGGCCCCCUCCCCCGGGCCAGCCCUCGACUCGCGAUUGGUCCUCCGGGAAACGCUGCGGGGCGCCUCUGUCCCCGCCGCAGAGCCCGGGCCGGGGCCCGCGGGCGGGGUUUGCUGGGGCCGCUGUCGGUCAGGGCGGCCGCCCCUGACAGCUCCGGGAGCCUCCCGCGCGGCCGCGGCGCCCGCCACCCACGCACCCACCGCGCGGCGCGCGCUCCAGCGCCAACCGCCCGCAGCUCCUGGCCCCGCGCCGCCGGGCCCGUCAGCCGGGCUCGCCACGAAGUUAUCUGAGGUCACAGGGGCCCAGAAGUCGAGGAUUCUUCUUCUGACUUAUUGUCAGAAGGAUCAGCAGCCCAGCACCCCACCACCACGCCUGCCUCCUCCACCUCGCCCCAUCUCACAUCGGCAUUUUAUCAUCUCACAGCGUCACGAGAAGGGCAUUCCAUAACUCACUAUUGCUUGGACCCCCAAAGAACAAUUCAGGAGUACAAUUAAGAUUUGUCUGACUGUAGAAGAGCAGGUUCCCUUCAGUCAACUGCUUUCUUAGUAGAAGCACAGAACUUACUUCAAACAUUGAACGAUGAAUCAGCACCUGCCAAAUUUUUGAGACAGCUCGCAGGGCUUAGAGGAAGGCUCAUCUAAAUAAAGGCCGGCUAAAGUGACGUUGCAGGGACUUAAUCCUUCUCCGGCAGCCCGUGUGACCAGAAGGCAGAUUUGCAAGUUUCUUCUUUCCUGGGGUUCAGAUCAUUGGGUCCCGGGGGGCCCUGCAACUCUCCAGCAGGAGAAGUGCAAAAUGAAGGGGGUCGGAGCUGAAGGCCAGCAGCAGGGACCUGGGGGCCUCCGAGGGGCCCUUACACACCAGAGUGGAAGAUUCUCGGGCCGUCAAAGGAAAUAGCAAACUAGCAAACUGGAGCCUUUGUCUCGGGUGCAGGCACCUACCACAGAGCAUCAGACCGCAUGGGCCGCUGGAAGGUUCCUGGAGCCCAGACAGGAAAGCGGUUAUGGUGACUGGGUGUGUGCCCGCCGGACAGUGAGAGCUGGGCCGUGCACCGUGAAGGAAGGGGUGGGAUGUCCGCAGUGAGGGGGGCAGCUCUCGGCUUGGCCGGGCAGGCUCUGCCGGCCUGUCCGCCUCUGCCCUCGUCUCCCUGAAGCCUCCAAGGGGACUGCGUGCUCUGCAGGCCGGCGGUCACCGACGCGAGGCUCUGACCAGCCCCAACUCCCCUCGCCCACCCACUUUUUGGCCCUGGCGCCGCUCCUCACCUGCCUUCCAGCGGAGCCUCUCGGCCGAGACGGAGAUGCGAGCCUGUGGUGGACGAUGACCGCGGUGUACGCGCAUGGCGGCGGCCUGGUGACCCCCCCCUGCGCCCGGUGGGACCGGCGGGAGAGCGUGGAAAGCGGCUGCCAGACGGAGUGCGGCAAGGACGAGCAGGACGCGCAGCCCCGCCGGCUGACGCCCUUUGAGAAGCUGACGCAGGACCUGUCCCACGACGAGAAGGUGCUGAGGGAGGUCACGCUGGGGAAACGCAUUGGCUUCUACCGGAUCCGAGGGGAGAUUGGCAGCGGGAACUUUUCCCAGGUCAAGCUCGGGAUUCACUCCCUAACCAAAGAAAAGGUGGCCAUUAAGAUCCUGGACAAGACCAAGCUAGACCAGAAAACCCAAAGGCUACUAUCCCGUGAAAUUUCCAGCAUGGAAAAACUGCACCAUCCCAACAUCAUCCGUCUGUAUGAAGUCGUGGAGACCCUAUCCAAGCUCCACUUGGUCAUGGAGUAUGCAGGGGGUGGGGAACUCUUUGGAAAAAUUAGCACCGAAGGGAAGCUCUCAGAGCCAGAAAGCAAGCUCAUCUUCUCCCAGAUUGUGUCUGCUGUGAAGCACAUGCACGAGAACCAAAUUAUUCAUAGAGACCUGAAGGCAGAAAACGUAUUUUAUGCCAAUAAUACCUGCGUGAAGGUGGGUGACUUUGGAUUCAGCACCGUAAGUAAAAAAGGCGAAAUGCUCAACACCUUCUGCGGGUCGCCCCCCUACGCCGCGCCCGAGCUUUUCCGGGACGAGCAUUACGUGGGCGUUUACGUGGACAUCUGGGCGCUGGGGGUGCUGCUGUACUUCAUGGUGACGGGCACCAUGCCCUUCCGGGCAGAGACCGUGGCCAAGCUGAAGAAGAGCAUCCUGGAGGGCGCGUACAGUGUGCCCCCGCACGUGUCGGCGCCCUGCCUCCGCCUCAUCCGCGGGGUCCUCCAGCCCGUGCCCGCCGACAGGCACGGCAUCGACUCCAUCAUGAGCAACGAGUGGAUGCAGGGGGUGCCGUACCCCACCCCUCUGGAGCCUUUCCAGCUGGACCCCAAACAUCUGUCUGAAACCGGCACCCUCAAAGAAGAAGAAAGUGAGGUCAAAAGCGCUCUAGAACAUUUGGGUAUUACGGAAGAGCACAUCCGCAACAACCAAGGGAGAGACGCCCGGAGCUCCAUCACGGGCGUCUACCGGAUCGUCCUGCACAGAGUGCAAAGGAAGAAGGCUUUGGAAAGCGUCCCGAUAAUGCUGCUGCCGGACCCUAAAGAAAGGGACCUAAAGAAAGGGUCCCGUGUCUAUAGAGGCAUAAGACACACAUCUAAAUUUUGUUCAAUUUUAUAAAUUGCGUUAAACUGCUGGUCAUUAUCCAAGAGCAUUGUUGCUGCUUUUAAAUUUUUUCAUGGACAACUUGAGUGGAGACAUUUUUGUAAUUUUUAAAUAAAUUUAAAUUUAAGAUAUGCAUUUCCCCCCCUUCCAACCAAGUCUAGAUUUGCUCUCUUGUUCUUAACCUCCAGCAGUCAUUCAUUUGUUUAAUCAAGAAAUAUUUACCCAGCGCCUCCUAUGGGACAGGCACUCUUCCAGGUGUGGAGGAAAGAGCGAGCAAUGGGACAGGCCGAGCCCUUGCUCCCCUGUGCAGGAUGUUCCAGGGCUGGACAAAGGCACUGACGAAAAACCAUGUAAGUACAGCGCGAGAUAGUGAGCUGCUCCUGCCAGCCCCACGUUAGGGGCCUUGUCGUCAGCGUGUUCGGGUGCAUCUACACUGUUGUUCCUAACUUAGGCCCCAGUGUCCCAAUCUGUCCCUAUUCAGGCUCUGACUUUGAUCAAGAACUGUCAGGACAGUGUUUCAUCCCAUCUGCAGCUCAGCCAAACGCCCGAUUAGACCCCAGGCCUCUUUCUGGUACUUUUCCCUGGGCUGUGGGAGGUCAGGCUCUCCUCAACCCCGGCCCCAGUGGGCCUCGAGGUGGGAGUUGGCUGACCUAGGCCUGUAUUUUUACCCCAGGCUUCCCAAGCAGUUAAUAAAAACUAGCCAAGCGCACAGUCUUUCUCACGGGCCCCUACUGGUCAAGCGCCACGGGUGCUGGGAGAGCCCGCCAGCCCUCGUCCGCCUGCACCGAGACAGGAGUCUGGGUGGCCAUCAUGCUGUUCCCACACGCUGGGGCCAGUCAGCGUCUGCUCAGCAACAGCCCCUUAUGUCCCGUUGUUAACAAAUUACUAUGAGUGUCGCUGCUUAAGCAAUGCGAAUUACUAUCUGACAGUUCUGAGGUAGAAACAAGUCCACAUCAGGUCUCCCCCGUGCUAACACCAAGGUGGCAUCAGGGCUGGGUUCCUUUUUGCAGGAUCUAGAGAAGAAUCCAUUUCCUCGCUGUGUGUGCUUCUAGAGGCUGCCCACGUUCCUUGGCUCAUGAUCGCCUUCCUCCUUCUGCAAAGCCAGCAGUGUUGCAUCUCUCUGGUCCUCGAUCUAGAGUCAUAUCUCCCUCUGAUCACAUUUGCUGUUGCCAAGUAAGGUAACAUAGUCACAAGUUCCAGAGGUAGUCAUCUUCAAGGAUGGCGGGGCUAGGGGCAGGGGGGCUGGUGUCGAAUGGCUACAACAUUUUGCCGACUACAGAUGGCAGUGGCGCUGAUUGCUUUGACAGGUGAGUAAACCAGCUCCAAUCUAUCCUGAGGAUCUGCACUGUAGAGCUGUUCUGGGUACCGACUGUCUUCGCCUGGAUUCUAAAAAAAGCCUGAGACAAAAGCUUACACGCAACUGACGUAUUUGGGAAACGAUCCCAGGAUGCAGAAGGUGUGCAGGAGUUACACAGAAAAGAGGG